AAUAGUGCAAUUUUCUGAUAUCGAUCCAGUUAAGGGAGCACCAGAUUGGGGAGAAACGCGUUCCCCCGAGUAAUCAUUGGCCGACUCGAAAGCUGCGACGGGGUCACCCAGAGAUAGAUGCCUAGGUAGUAUGCCCACACCCCGCACUCCGCAGCAAGUACAGCCCCCUUCGCACACCCAAGGUUGGGCGUACGCUUACGGGGCGAAGACAUGGUCGGCCAAGUCUUCCUCGGGAUGUUUCUCAUCACAGGCGGAUGAUGGAUGCCUUAAAUCUGAGUACUUGCUCUGUAUUCACUUAUCGUGCCCCAGGAGCUGUAAUUCUUAGCACUGGCCCCUAUUUCAGCAGGACUCGGAAUAGAACCAGUAGAAGAGAAUCAACUCCUCCCGUCCAAUAUGGCGUCUUCACUGGAGUUGCCCUCCUCCUUCUACUGCACCCAGCCGAUCGACUUCUCCAAACCCCUCGACACGGACAGUCUGAAAGAGAAAAGUGUCAUCGUCACUGGAGGUGCCAACGGGAUCGGCCUCGCAAGUGCAAGAGCUUUCGCAGAAGCAGGUGCCUACGUGACCAUUCUAGAUAUCAAUGAAGAAAACGGCCAGAGGGCGGCGUCUGAGCUGGGAGAAAGAGGCCUUCACGUUCAAUUCGUCAAGACGGAUACAACCUCCUUCUCUUCCCAGGUCGCAGGCUUCAAGGCCGCACUCUCCUUCUCUCCGUCCAAAACGGUCGACAUCGUCCUGGCCAACGCCGGAGUGGCAGGCAGCAACUUGAAAGCGUGGCUCGAAAACGCAGCAAAGUCAACAUCGGAUGAUCCUGAACCCCCGAGCACAUUGUGCCUGGACGUCAACCUUACCGGUGUCUACUACACUGCCCACCUCUCCUUCUUCUACUUUAAGCAUAACCUGCGCAAGGAGGAUACGGCCGGUCCAGUGAGCAAGCAAUUGAUAUUUGUAUCUAGCUUAGCCGGAUACAUAGGGCUAAGCAACGUCGGCGAAUACGGUGCGAGCAAAUUCGGGGUUCGUGGUCUGUGGAAGGCUGUGAGACACUCGGGAGCUUUGCUUGGACCCAGUGUCCGUUACCGCUCCAACCUCAUUGCACCUACCUUCAUCCGUACCAACAUGACAGCUGGCAUUGAUUCUGCCCUGGAGAAGCGUGGGAUAAAGUUGGGCACGGUUGACGACGUCGUUGCAGGGGUGAUGAGGGCUGCUUGCGACGAGGAAGUCAGCGGGCGAGCGAUCGCU